AUGGCAAGAGUCAAGCAGAAGGUGGCCAAGAAGGGCGCGGCAGGUGCCUCAACCCGAGGUGGCCAGGUGGCCCGGCAGAAGAGACACAAAAUCGCCAUUGGAGGGGAUCCCCAGGAGAAGAAACUGCCCACAGUGGUAAGAGUCAACCCGGCUCAUCGUCGAGGCUAUAUUACCAGUGCUUAUGACCCGAAAAAGAUCUCAUUCCAAGAGCGUCCCCCGCCUGGAUAUACGUUCAUUCCCGCCGGAAACCCCGAGCUCACCAACGCAUUGAAAGAAUUUGCUCGCCGAGGUGACCACAAGAUCUACGCCGUGACGAUUACUCCACAUGCUGCGCGCCAUGAGUUGUCGAGGGAGGUACAUCGUGUCGGCUUCCAUUUUCCCACGAGGAUUGUCGACCAAGUUUGUGCCCACUACGGCAUCCGCCUGAACAGCGAAGGCAAGGUCAUUGACGAGUCGAAUGACGAUAACUUUUUCAGUAAAGUGUAUCGCAACUCGAACGGUCAACGUCCGGUAGAAGAGAAGGACCAGAUCACCAUCAACACUGAUGCCAAACAGACCAUCAAAGAUUUGUUCCCCAAUAUCCCCAACAAUGAUUUGUAUCAGAUUAUCAAGACAGCGUUUCAGCUGGGUGAUCGCAGGGUCGGCACUGCAAACGAACUACCACUUGUUCGAAGAGCGCAGUUGUCUGUUGUUGCCCAUAUCCGCCACAACUACACCCAAUAUGACAAGUUGUUGAGGCAGAUGCCAUACAACGAGGCUCGUCAUAUGGUGGAAAAAGAGACUCUCGUAAAGCUGGUUGAGUGGCGGGGCGGUGAAGAUACCACCCUUGAAAGCACCACCGGCGCUGCAGAUGAUCUCCUUAAAGAGGUCAUCGUAAUCUCUGACGAGGAAGCAUCAGAGAGUGACUCCGAAGGCGUCGAACCCCUGGGCCAAGACCAUGUUCAGGUUGAAGAACUCCCAAGUACUUCUUACGGUCCUGGCCCUGGUCGCCCUAUUUCCCCUUGGCCGCAACUGCAACCUGAACGAAUUUUGGACUAUCCACCCACCGUUCGCACAUACAGACCAUCUAACGCUGAGAUUGCCCGACGAAAUCAAAGCAGAUAUGCUAUCUGGGAACAAGCUAAGCGUGACUAUCAUUCCAACAUCGCCCAGAGACCAGUCACGGUUUUGGAAAGGAUUUACGAGCCUGAACCGGCUCCAGCACCACGCGUUCUUGUCCCUCUUGACCCUCCAGCCCACUCACCAGCCCAGAUAUUUCACACUCAGGCUCCUCCAACAAGCGUAGCAAGAGUGGAUUAUGAGCCCCCGAUUCGAAGCCGCCAACCCAGCCCUCCAACGUACAUCCAGGACGCAAACGGCAUUUUGUACGAACGGAUCGACACAAGGCCCCGUGCAACCCGCGCAGACACCCCACAACACUAUCACAAACAACCGGCGCCGGCAAUGACUGGAGCGCAAAUUAGAACGCGACCUUCUUCACCUCAAGACUUUGCCCAACGGGAUUCGCGCAACAACGCAGAUUUUGACAGAGGCGAUGGUACGAUACUGCCAUCGAUCGAAGGACCUGAUGGGUCAUAUAUGUCUCCUCGCUUACGUCGAAACCCAUUUGAAGUGCAUUCUGAGCAUCGUGAAACUAACCCAGGGCGGGAAGACGGACGCAAUGCGAGGAAUGCUGCCUACAUUGACCUGACGCAUAGCUCUAGCCAAACUCCUAAGAGACGUCGAUUGGAAGAGACGCAACCAAUCCAAGAACGCCGCAUCAACAGAAGAGAGUCUCCCGGCAGGCCUGUUGAACAUCACUAUCUGCCACCUCAGCCGGUGGCUGCCCACGCUGAAAAUCGCGCAGCUAAUUAUGGUGAGCCACGAUCCAGCCCGCGUCUACAACAGGCAAUUUCUGCCCGGGAGACCGCUUAUGCUGAUCGUCAACCUCUCUACGAUGCUCAUGAUUCUUCGCAUUCUGUUGUCCGUCUCUAUGAACCCAUACCUGCUACCCAUGAGCUCCGUGAGACGACCACGAUCCAGCGUCGUUAUCAUCCACAACCCUACGCGGCGCCUAGCCACGAUGAGGUUGAGUCAAUCCGACCCAUUCGGGAUCUGGGAAAGCAACCGUUGCUUCCACUAGGUCAGGUCUACGAGCCCAUUGGCGAGUCGCGCGCAUAUAACAGCACGAUUACUAGGGAGCCAGAGAGGCUCGUCCGUGAACAAUACGUGCAACCUAUUGUGCAAGAGCCUCGCGUGCGGUACAUUUAUCCUGAUGGAUCCAGUGGCCGUGAACCCCUACAACCUUUGCCUCCACAGCGUCUGCCUGAGUAUGAUCGAAGAGCAGCUCCUCUGCAUUCGUAUGCACGCUGA